AUCUUCCCUGGCAAGGUCCUUAUUACCUCAUGGUUUCACAAUCUACCUCGGGAUUGGGUAAUUGAGGUUAGUCCUAAUGGCUGGACGUCGAAUGAGCUUGGUAUUGCCUGGCUGAAGCACUUCAAUACCCAUACAAAAGACCGGAAGGUGGGUGCACACAGGCUGCUGAUUGUGGACGGCCAUGAGAGCCACAGCUCACAUGAAUUCCACAAACACUGUGAGGAAGAGAAGAUUAUUGUUCUCUGUAUGCCUGCUCACUCGUCGCACCUGCUGCAGCCACUUGAUGUGGGUUGCUUUUCGCCUUUAAAGCGGGCAUAUGGUGAUGAGAUCAGUGGCUUGGCACGGUACGGCUCCAAGCAGAUCAAGAAGGAGGCUUUCCUACCAGCCUUUAAAGCAGCUUUUGAGAGGUUAAUCACGAAGGAGAACAUCUGUGCAGGCUUUAGGGGCGCUGGACUAGUUCCACACAACCCAGAGGCGGUGAUAUCAAAGCUUGAUGUGGUCCUUCGUACGCCA